GUGACCUAUGAUGAUGUGCAUGUCAACUUCACUUGGGAAGAGUGGACUUUGCUGGAUCCUUCCCAGAAGAAUCUCUACAAAGAGGUGAUGAUUGAGACCUACAGGAACCUCACUAUUAUAGGCAUGAAAGAAGUCAAACUGGAGAGAAGAAAACUUUCAUAUAUACUGAAUGUGGUAAAACUGUUGUAUAUGAGAGUCAUCUUCAAAGGCAUGGAAAUUCACCUAUGGGAGAGAAACCCUUUCAAUGUAAUCAGUGUGUUAAAACCUUUGCCCAUAACAGUCAUCUUCAAAGGCAUAAAAGAACACAUACUGAAGAGAAACUCUAUGAAUGUAAUGAAUGUGGUAAAGCCUUUGCAUAUCAUAGUAAUCUUCAAAUACAUAAAAGAACACAUACUGGAGAGAAACCCUAUGAAUGUAAUCAGUGUGAUAUGCCUUUGCAUAUAUCAGUAA